UCCAGCAUGUGCCUGUUUGCUUGGUGCCGCUCUCCUGAUAAAUCACAACAAAGCUUCCAGAGGGAGAGGAAGGAUGGAAGGAGCCGCCACCCCUAUCACUAAAUCUGCAGCGGCCAAGUUAGUUAAGAGAAAUUUCCUUGAGGCUCUAAAGUCAAAUGACUUCGGAAAACUGAAGGCCAUUUUAAUCCAAAGGCUAAUAGAUGUGGACACAGUUUUUGAAGUUGAAGAUGAGAAUAUGGUUUUGGCAUCUUAUAAACAAGGUUAUUGGUUGCCUAGUUAUAAAUUGAAGUCUUCCUGGGCAACAGGCUUGCAUCUCUCUGUCUUAUUUGGUCACGUGGAAUGUCUUCUGGUGCUCCUGGACCACAAUGCUACAAUCAACUGUAGACCCAAUGGGAAAACCCCUCUUCAUGUGGCUUGUGAAAUGGCCAACUUGGAUUGUGUUAAGAUCCUCUGUGACCAUGGAGCAAAGCUCAAUUGCUACUCCUUAAGUGGACACACAGCUUUACACUUCUGUACAACUCCCAGCUCCAUUCUCUGUGCCAAGCAAUUAGUUUGGAGAGGGGCCAACGUGAACAUGAAGACCAACAAUCAGGAUGAGGAGACGCCCUUGCACACGGCUGCCCACUUCGGCCUCUCGGAGCUGGUGGCCUUCUACGUGGAGCACGGGGCCAUAGUGGACAGUGUGAACGCCCACAUGGAGACCCCGCUGGCUAUCGCCACCUACUGGGCCCUCCGCUUUAAAGAGCAGGAGUACAGCAGGGAGCACCACUUGAUCUGCCGCAUGCUGUUGGACUACAAGGCCGAGGUCAACGCCAGGGAUGAUGACUUCAAAUCCCCGCUGCACAAGGCCGCCUGGAACUGUGACCACGUGCUCAUGCACAUGAUGCUGGAGGCGGGGGCCGAAGCCAAUCUCAUGGAUAUCAACGGCUGUGCGGCCAUCCAGUACGUGCUGAAGGUCACCUCUGUGCGCCCGGCGGCCCAGCCUGAGAUCUGCUACCAGCUCCUGUUGAACCAUGGGGCUGCCCGGAUAUACCCUCCACAGUUCCACAAGGUGAUACAGGCUUGCCAUUCUUGUCCCAGAGCAAUCGAAGUUGUAGUCAAUGCCUAUGAACACAUCAGGUGGAACGUAAAGUGGAAAAGAGCUAUCCCCGACGAUGACUUGGAGAGACACUGGGAUUUUUACCACUCUCUCUUCACUGUGUGCAGUAACUCUCCAAGGACUCUCAUGCAUUUAUCGAGAUGCGCCAUUCGAAGAACGUUGCACAACAGAUGUCACCGAGCAAUUCCUUUGCUGUCCCUCCCACUGUCAUUGAAAAAGUACUUGCUUUUGGAGCCAGAGGGAAUCAUUUAUUAAGCCUUAUGAGACAGAAGUUCCCAAUCCUAGAUAUUUAAGUGGACUCACCGGGUAGACACAGUUUGCAUAAAUAAAAUGGUACUUGGGUUGAUUAUAACACUUCAGGGAUUUCAAAACACUUGACAAACUCUAUGUCAUUAAUCCUAGGGUAUCACCGUGAGGGGAAAUAAACAAGAAGUAAAGUUAAGGAAUUCUCAAAGACAAGAAUGUAUCCAGAAGGUACUGACAGCAGUAAUGACUAAUGUGUAUAGUGUUUUUCCUCGGUGCCUGAUAUAUUUUUGUAAAACUUUUCAUAUAUCAUCUCAUUUGAAAUGGGACCCAGCUUUUCUUACAACCAAUCUCAUUCUCUCCCUUCUCAGUAAUAGGUUUACAUUACUGUUCAGUUGGCGAAAUCAUAGACUUUGUGAUUGGCCUCUUAAUCUCAGUGGCUUCCCCCAAACUCCCCUCCCACCAUGGUUACCACUUAGCAGAGAUUAUGGUCACUAGUUUUGCAAACCUCUGUCCCCACUCUAAGCUCUUUAACUUAUUUUUGGUGAAGAGAGCAUAUGAGCCUCAUCAAAACAAGGAGAUCUUUGAGUUAAAGGAGAAAUGAAAAACAAAGACCAGUCCACUUAGUAGCCAAAAUAUGGACAUUUCAACAUACGCUCGUUGAGCCAUAGACUGGAGAUGCAACGGGGAGUCUACAGCGAGGACUCCUGCCCUCCAGAAUCUCACCAUUUAGCAGAGGAUCCGGACAUACAAGCAGGAAACUGCAAUGUCAAAUGUCAGGGGUAACAAUACAGGGUGCAAACUCAUUUUUAGUGUUUCUGUUUCAAAGUCGUGUUUCUGACCCAAAGCGUGAUUUUCCUUUUAAGCAUGAACAUGAAAGAGUGAAGGGAAUUGCGUGACAUAGAGGGAGGCCCCGCUGCUGUUAGUGUAAAUGUAGGACUUUCAGUUUCUCUGAACAUCUAGAAACUCUUUGAUUUUACUAUGAUUUCCUGUUUGGUAAAAAUAUUGGGAAAAAAUAUUGCACACUCAAUGGCUCCUAUGUAUGUGACAAGAAAGUUGAGUAAGAUGUGUACAAGGAAGUGUGUGAAGGGAAGCCCUUCAGUUGAUGACUUGGUCUCAUUGUGUAACAGACUGACAUUUCAGAGCAUUUUAGCUGGAAGAUAAGGAGCACUUUGCAAGCGAUGGCCGGCUACUGAAAGAGCAAAAGAAAGACUUUGAAAAUGGUUAAAGUCGAAGAAACUUGGAAAGAUAAGUGUGUCAAUCAGGCUUGUUAGUUAGUGGUUUGCAGAAAGUGAAACCUAGAUGAUUCACCUCUGGACCUCAGGGUUGAUGAGGCCAACUUUGCUUCGCCUUUUUGUUCUUGCUAAUCACUUUUAGGUAAGCUCAUUGCCUCUUAGCGUCGCUUUUUUAGAAGUUAGAGCAGAAGUAAUUAAGUACAAACCAAUCCAUUUGCCAGUUGUGAGCAGGUUUCUUUUAUUUGUGUGGUUCUUCAUCUUUUUUUUCUUUUUUCUUUUGAGAGAGAGUGUGAGAGAGAGCACAGAGGGAAAGGGAGAAGCAGGCUCCCUGCUGAGCAGAGAGCCCUGAUGCAGGGUUCCAUCCCAGGACCCUGAGAUCAUGACCUGAGCCAAAAGCAGACGCUUAACAACUGAGCCACCCAGGUGCCCCAUGGUUCUUCAUCUUAUUUAACUUUAGUUCCUUGAGUUUUGAGUAGAGAUGAUGUCAAAUAUUCCACCAGCCCACCACCUAGACUGUGCUUCUAAACUGGGAUUCUUAUACGUCCUGUGCCCUGUAGGAAAAAGCAUGGCUAGAUACAAUAAUGUUUCUGAUUUUCCUCAGUCUUACUCAGAUAUUUUGAGUGAACUAAUUUGUACUAAAACAAGAUCUAUAUUGUGGAAUAGGAUGCUGAAUUUGUAUAAACUAUUCAUAUAAAAACGUUGAUCCUUCAAAAAAUUGUUUGCGGCAAGUGGUGUUGGAACACAUCCUAGAAUGCUGGGCGGGGGCGCAUGUCGCCCUCACCUUUAGGAAUAUUCUGGCCGAAAAAUUUGUGAUGCACUGUCUUUGUCAAUAAAACGCUGAAGACAAAGGGAGAGGGUAUUCCUGCAUUAGGAAAUGUUUCUCAAUCUGCUUGCUUGUGCUUAGACAUUUUAUUAGUACAUAAUACGUGCCUACUUGUUUUGAAUUGUUUACUCACACAUUUAAAGUCAUUUCUCUUUAUCUUUGAACUUUUAUUUAGAGGACUUAAAUAAAGCUCUUGUUUCCUUU